AUGCAUCAUUACACGACUCUCGCGGGUGCUUUCACAGUCUUGUUGGCGGCUGUGCCAACGGCUCAGGCCAUGUACUCCAAGUCCUCGCCCGUCCUGCAGCUCAACACGCGCAACUUUGAUAGCCUCGUCACUAAAUCGAACCAUACUUCGAUUGUCGAGUUCUAUGCCCCGUGGUGUGGCCACUGUCAGAACCUGAAGCCCGCCUACGAAAAGGCUGCGAAGAAUCUCGAAGGCCUAGCCAAGGUAGCUGCUGUAAACUGUGACGACGAUUCCAAUAAGUCGCUCUGCGGAGCGCAUGGAGUCCAGGGCUUCCCGACGCUCAAGAUCUUUCGCCCUGGCAAGAAGCAGGGGAGCAAGCCCAUCGUUGAAGACUACAAGGGCCCUCGUACAGCGUCUGGCAUUACGGACGAGGUAGUCAAAAAUAUCAAUAACCAUGUUUCCAGGAUUACGGACAAGGAGAUUGAUAGUUUUAUCGGGAAAGAAGGUCCUAAGGCUCUUCUCUUCACGGACAAGGGCACCACUAGUGCGCUGUUGAGAAGCGUCGCUAUUGACUACCUUGGUGUCAUGCAUGUGGGACAGAUUCGCAACAAGGAGAAGGGUGCAGUGAAGCAGUUUGGCAUUGAAAAGUUUCCUACUUUGGUCCUUAUCCCCGAGGGCGCCAUCGUCGAGCCCAUUGUCUACGAUGGAGAGCUGAGAAAGAAGGAUGUUAUGGCCUUCCUGAGCAGGGCCGUAGAGCCCAACCCAGAUCCGGCACCGGCCAAGGGUAAAGUGAAGAAGGGCGCGUCCGCUGAUGAGAAAGCCAAGGCAGCCAAGCUUGAUGCGGACGCCAAUACGUCUCCAACCACGUCGACGGCCGGCGCAGAAGCCACUACGGUGGCCAUUAAUUCCAUUUCCUCAGCCGAGAAGUUGCAGGAGAAGUGCCUCCAGGUCUCAUCCAACACGUGCGUCCUGGCCAUUGUGCCUGCCAAGAGCUCGGACAAGGGCGACCAGGUCGUGCAGUCGCUAUCUAAACUCAAUGCCAAGUAUAUCCAUGGAAAGCGCCACCUUUUUCCUUUCUUCUCUCUAUCAACCGAAGUGGCGUUUGAGGCCUCGUUACGUUCGGCACUAAAGCUCGCGGAUGAUGUCGAUCUGGUUGCCAUCAAUGCGCGUCGUGGAUGGUGGAGACAGUAUAAGGGAGACUUUUCUCUGGAGAGUGUGGAGUCGUGGAUCGAUGCUAUCCGCAUGGGCGAGGGCGACAAGAACAGCCUUCCCAAUGGUAUCCUUAUCGGGAAGAAGGAAGAAGUAAAGCCAAGCGGAGAGACACAGGAGGCAGAGCCAGUGGCGGGAUCGGAAGCCAGCAAGCAGGAUGAGGUGGUUCAUGAGGAGCUGUAG